AUGAAGAAGAUGAAAGAAGUUGAUUCUCAAACAAGUCAAGUUGUAAUACAUGAAACCAUAGAGGAGGAUACUCAGAAUAAUCAAGCUAAAAUAGAUGUUACCAAGGCUAUUGCAGAGGAUACCAUAGAUGAAGUUGAAGGAAGUAAAGACAAGAAUCAUGAGACUGAUCUAGAAAUUCAAGUUGAGAACAACAAGAUGAAGAGCCCGAAAAUCCUAGAAAAUAAUUCAUUCUAUCAAAUCAAAACGGCUCUGGUACCAUGGGCUGGAGUGAUUCUUAUUCAAGUUUUAUCUGCAACAAAUUCAUUAAUUACCAAAGCUGCAUUGAAUAAAGGGAUGCAAUUUGCUGUUUUUGCCCUUUAUAGAAAUAUAAUAGCUUCUGCAUUCUUGAUCCCUUUUCUAUAUUUCAAAAGAAAUUCACUACCUAGAAUGAGUAGGAAUGUGAUGUGCAAAAUUGUAAUCCUAACCAUUCUCGAGCCUGUAAUGGAUCAAAAUAUCCUUUAUGCCGGUUCAAAGAUGACACCAGCUAGUUUCUCAACAUGUCUUUCUGGUGUCACUCCAUCACUCAUAUUUCUUUUAGCAUGGAGCUUGGGAAUGGAGAAAGUGAAUUUCAAAGAGAGGCGUAGUCAGGCAAAGUUAUUAGGAACAGUGAUUGCAACUGGUGGUGCUAUUCUCAUUUGCCUUUAUAAUGGACCAGCCAUUGCUGUCUCUUCCAAAUCUCAAACAUCAACUACCCAUGAAAGAUUUACAGAGAAUUGGAUUGAAGGUCCCGUGUUUGUCAUCAUCGCGAAUGUUUCAUAUGUUGUUUAUUGUGUUACCAUGGGUAGUGUUCUUGUGGAGUAUCCAUCUCCUCUAGCAAUAAUAUCGAUAAUAUCGUUCUUAGGAGCAAUUAUGAAUGUUGGAGUUGCUUUAGGGUUGGAGUUCAAGCAUCCCGCUUCUUGGAUUAUCGGGUGGAAUGUCAUAUUUUUGGCAUAUGUAUACGCAGGAAUAAUUGUUUCAGGACUGAUGGCAUACAUUAUAAGUGCAUUGACACAAAUGAAAGGUCCAGUUUUUGUGGCGUCCUUUAGCCCAACAUCAAUGGUCCUUGUUAUGGUUAUUGGUUUCAUCGCACUAGGAGAGAGCAUUCACGUCGGAAGUUUAAUAGGCACAUUCUUCAUUGUUUUGGGUUUGUUCACUCUCCUUUGGGGGAAAAGUGGAAUUCAACCGCCACAAUAUGAAGAGGAACCGCGACGUGAAGAGCAAGAAAUGGAAAGUGAAAAACAGGUAUGCAGCAAAGAUAAUGAGCCAAUUGCUGUUCAAAAUUCUGAAGAAAGUGCUGUAGGAAAAUAG